AAAUUUGACGUUUAGGUUUCAUGUGGUUCAGGUUGUAUGGAAUAUUGAUGGCGUAAAUUAAUAUUUGUGAUGUUAAAAUAAUUUAAAUUCUUAAAUCUUCUUAAUAAUAAUUGAUUAUGGCUGCUCGUGGUGAGAGAGGUGUUUCACGAGUUUUGGAUAAAUUAGAAGCGUCGGUUAAUGAUGGGAAAUUUUAUGAAGCACACCAAAUGUACAGAACUCUCUAUUUUAGGUAUUUAAGUCAGAAGAAAUAUAGUGAUUUGUUACAAUUACUGUAUAAUGGAGCAUUGAUACUGCUACAACGCGAUCAGCAAGGCAGCGGAGCUGAUCUGAGUAUUCUUUUGUUAGAUGUUUUGUCAAAAUCAGAAACCAAGCCCACAGAAGAAUGGAUUGAGAAAAUAGCUAAAUUAUUUGAAUUGAUCAAUGCAAGUGUUCCAGAGAGAGACACAUUUCUAAUAAAUGCUGUGAAAUGGUCAAUGGAUGAUGGAAAAAUAGGUCAUCCAUUGCUUCAUAAGAGAAUUGCACAGGUAUAUUGGCGGGAAAAGAAGUACACAUCAGCCCAUAGACACUUUUUACAUUCUAGUGACGGUGCAACUUAUGCAACUAUGCUCAUAGAACUUCACACAACAAAAGGACUGAACUCAGAAAUAGACAUGUUUAUAGCGCAAGCUGUUUUACAAAUACUGUGUUUGAGAAACAAGCAAAUGGCAGAUGAUGCUUUAAAUGAAUACACAAAAUCGCAUCCUAAUAUAAACGCCCAAGGUCCUCCAUAUAUACUUCCACUUUUGAACUUUUUAUGGUUUCUCUUGAGAGCUAUUGAAGAAAAACAUGUAAUGAAGUUUCAAAUAUUAAGAAAGUGGUAUGCAGUCAGUUUAAGACGUGACCCUAAUUAUUCUGGUUACUUGGAUAACAUUGGACGCAUAUGGUUUGGUAUAGAACGUCCUCAGCGUAAUAAAAAUCCAAAUUCUAUGUUAGGUGGCCUUUUGAAAUCUAUGAUAGGAGAUGUGGACAGUUCAGAUGACGAAAGUAGUAAAGUGGUGCAAAAAGCAAAUGUUCCAGAUAUAGAUUAAGGAAUGAGUUUUAGAAGACAGAUAUAAUAUAGAUUAGGUAUACUGGUGUUAAAAUGUUUGUAUCAAGGUGAUAUUAGGCCAUCCACAUAUUGUCUGCUGAACAAUGUGACAAACAACGAACACAUAGGGACAGCACUAUACGAAGAAAAGAGAUGUACUUAUUUCCUUCUCACUUCUCUGUAUAGUGCCAUCCCUAUGUGUUUCUUGUUUGUCACGUUGUUGACGUGUGGAUGGCCUAUUAAUGAAAUUUCAAGGUAUAUUUGUUGACUGUUUUAUAUAAAAUGAACCUUUAUAAUCUGGUUUGAUUAUCAUUUCAAUUUUUAGCAUUAUGCUCAGUGGUCAAUUAUUCCUUGAUUGUGUGUCCCUGUAAUUAAAUUAAAUUUCCAAAAACACAUGAAAUGCAAUGUAUUUAUAAUAUGCCUUGCUAUUUUUAACAAAUAACAAAACUUUUAAAUUAUUACACAAAUU